AUGGUCCACGGAGACGCUGAGAUGAGAGCGCAGAAGCUGAAGCGACAGUCCGGAGUGCAGUACAAGUAUCGUGAGGAUUUUUUCGCGGCCGCAGACCACCCGAUUACCUCGCCGAGACGAGACGAGACAUUUGCGGACGCCGCUCGGUUGCACUUUUCCUCCCUGACUGUCGCCGAGAUGGUCAACGCCACAAAGGACCGGCUGGCCAAGCUGUUUGGCGCCGACAAGUAUGACGGCGACGACGACAUUCCGUCGAUAUCCAACGCCGACAUCUUUAUCGAGCGCGAGCCUACGGUUCAAGAGUUUUUUGCCGAGUUGACGCCCUCGCUGCACGACGUCGGUCGCUACAUUUACAAUCUGUUUCCCUUUAUCCACUGGAUCGGCAAGUACAACUUGCAAUGGUUUAUCGGAGAUUUCAUUGCCGGCACGACUGUUGGUGCCGUCGUCGUGCCCCAGGGCAUGGCGUAUGCCCAGCUGGCCCAGCUUGACGUCGAGUACGGCCUGUACUCUUCGUUUAUGGGCGUCUUGAUUUACUGGUUCUUUGCCACUUCCAAAGAUAUCACCAUCGGCCCCGUCGCCGUCAUGUCCCAGGUCACCGGCAACGUCGUCCUCAAGGCCCGCGACACCCUCCCCGAGGUCGAGGGCCACGUCAUUGCCUCGGCCCUCGCCAUCAUCACCGGCGCCAUCAUUGUCUUUCUCGGCCUCGCCCGGCUCGGCUGGCUCGUCGAGUUUAUCCCGCUGCCGGCCAUCUGCGCCUUCAUGACGGGCUCGGCCAUCAACAUUCUCUCCGGCCAGGUCUGCAAGCUCAUGGGCAUCAGCGGCAUCAACACCCGCGACGCGCCCUACAUGGUCAUCAUCAACACCCUCAAGGGUUUGCCGAGGACCAAGCUCGACGCCGCCCUCGGCCUGACGGCGCUGUUUAUGCUGUACCUCAUCCGCGGCACCUGCUCGUACAUGGCCAAGCGCCAGCCGCAGCGGGCCAAGAUGUAUUUCUUCAUCUCGACGCUGCGCACCGUCUUUGUCAUUCUGCUGUACACGGCCAUUAGCGCCGGCAUGAACGUGCACCACAAGAACAACCCGUCCAUCAGCAUCAUCAAGAACGUGCCCCGAGGCUUCAAGCACGCCGGGGUGCCCGAGGUCAACAUUGAAAUCAUCAAGGCGUUUGCCUCGGAGCUCCCGGCCGCCGUCAUUGUCAUGCUCAUCGAGCACAUUUCCAUUUCCAAGUCGUUUGGCCGCAUCAACAACUACGUCAUCGACCCGUCGCAGGAGCUCGUCGCCAUUGGCGUCACCAACCUGCUCGGACCGUUCCUCGGCGCGUACCCGGCCACGGGCUCCUUCUCUCGCACCGCCAUCAAGUCCAAGGCCGGCGUGCGGACGCCGUUUGCCGGUGUCAUCACCGCCGUUGUCGUGCUCCUGGCCCUCUACGCGCUGACGGCCGUCUUUUGGUACAUUCCCAACUCGGCCCUCGCCGCCGUCAUCAUCCACGCCGUGGGCGACGUCAUUACGCCGCCGCGCGUCGUCUACCAGUUCUGGCGCGUGUCGCCGCUCGAGGUGCCCAUCUUUUUCGCCGGCGUGCUCGUCACCAUUUUCAGCACCAUCGAGAACGGCAUCUACACGACCAUUGCCGUGUCGUUUGCCGUCGUCAUCUGGCGCAUGUUUCUCAGCCGCGGCCGGCUGCUGGGCCUCGCGCGCAUCCGCACCGUCAAGGCGACGACCAACGGCAAGCUGGGGCCGGGCGCCAGCGACGAGGCCAUUACCGAGGAGUCGGACCUGUCGGUGCGCACCGGGUUCCUGCCGCUCGACCACGAGGACGGCUCCAACCCGCGCGUCGUCGUGCAGAGCCCGUACCCUGGCGUUUUUAUUUAUCGCUUCGCCGAGGGCUUCAACUACCCCAACUCGUCGCGGUACCUGACGCACCUGACGGACGUUAUUUUCCGGGAGACGCGGCGGACGGACCCGGCGACCCUGGGCAAGCUCGGUGACCGGCCCUGGAACUACGUGGGCCCUCGCAACCAAAAGGACCUCGACCUCGACACGCGGCCGACGCUCAAGGCCAUCAUCCUCGACUUUUCGUCGGUCAACAACAUUGACGUGACGGCGGCGCAGGCGCUCAUCGACGUGCGCAACCAGCUGGACCGGUACGCGGCGCCCGACACGGUCAACUGGCACUUUGCCAACAUUGAGAACCGGUGGACCAAGCGGGCGCUGGCGGCGGCGGGCUUCGGGUUCCGCACGCCCAAGCCGCGGCCGGGCGAGGCCACGGGCCACUGGAAGCGCAUCUUUAGCAUCGCGGACCUGUACCGCGCCGACACCGAGGAGACGGCCGCCGCGCUCGAGGGCAAGGCGGCGGGCGACGGGGCCGUCGUCUACGACGUCGAGGAGCAGGACCCGGCGUCGGACAUUUCGCGCGCGUCGGACAAGGACGUGCCGCGCGACCCGGGCAGCGCGCGGCUGGUGGCCGUGCAGGGCCUCAACAGGCCGUUUUUCCACUUUGACCUCCAGGAGGCGGUCGACGCGGCGCUCUUGCAUGUGGGCGAGCGCGAGGACUGA